CAUAAAACAAACUUAAUGGCUACCUGGGCUCUCCUUCUUUUAACUGCGUCUGCUACAGCAGUGGUGGCGUCCAACAGGAUCGUCGGUGGAGCGGACGCAAGCAUCGAGACCUAUCCGUCCAUAGUGCAGGUGGAACACCUUGACUACUACUCCAUUUGGAGUCAGGGCUGUGGCGGCAGCAUCCUCACCCCGACGAAUGUCUUGACCGCUGCUCACUGUAUCUACGGGCCUCCCAUGCGUAUCCGCGCCGGAUCCUCCUACCGUGAGAGCGGCGGCACCGUCAUCAACGUCGAAUCCUACAUCAUGCACCCCGACUUCAAUAAGCUGGAGUUCUUGGAUGCUGAUGUUGCUUUGCUGAGACUCGAGCAAGCUCUAGUCUAUGGUCCGGGCAUCCAGCCGAUAGCCAUCUACGCUCAGGGUGUUGAGGUUCCGGAUAACUCUGCAGUGGUUCAUGCUGGUUGGGGGCAGACUCAAUCCAAUGGAGUCCCAUCGCCAAUCCUGCAAGACGUGACCGUCUACACUGUGAACCAAGAGGAAUGCGCGCGACGACAAGCCACCCAAUACCUCACAGUCACAGACAACAUGAUGUGUGCUGGGAUCCUCGACGUGGGGGGUAAAGACGCGUGCCAACAAGACUCCGGUGGCCCACUGUACCACGGAGAUAUACUUGUGGGAGUGAUAUCUUGGGGUAUUGGCUGUGCGCAACCUGAAUACCCGGGAGUCAGUGCCAAGGUGUCCGCGUUUACAGAGUGGAUCGUGGCCAAUGCGGUGUAAGUUUGGUUAUUUACGGUUUAUUAAAUGGAUUGUGUUUUAAAUUGCA